AUGGGUUCUGUUUUGGAUUUGGCUUUUACUAAUAUGAGUGUGAGUAUAGGUUUUCAAUGUUCUUUGGCUUAUGUUGGAGGUAGUAAUCAUCGUCCGAUUGUGUUGGAUUUGAGUCGGAAUAAGCUUAGAAGGAAUUUGGAGUUGGUAAAGUUUGAAAAUAUUGUGCAGUUUGGGGUUAAUAUGAAAAGGGUUAAAGAUGAUGCUAUGGUUGAUCUUAAUGCGGUUGGUUUUACUCCUAAGACGUGGUGGGACAAAGAUUUGGAGAGACUUUAUAGAUUACUUGUAGCCAAAAGAAGGGAGGCGAAUCUUACAGUGAAGUGUUCUAGCUUUGUAAAGUCAGCACAAUUAGGCACCCCGCCACAAUCAAUGGUCAUGGAACGAGUCAGCAUCAAACAGGAAUUCAGCAGCUUUGCACAACAUUCAACCUUUCCACAUACGACCUUGCACCACAGUCAUCAGCAAACAUCAUUUACACAUCAACAACGCCCACCCACGCGGCACCUCCAUCAUCACACCCACCACCACCAACAACAAUCACAACAAUAUCAGCAACAACAAAAUUCGCAUCAGCACCAGUUGCAUACACUCUUCAGUCGGUAUGGCGCUGCCGUCGGCAUUGGUGUUGGACUUAACUUUGGCAUGGAAGCCGUCGAUCGCGUUGCUGCAAGUGCUUUUCUUGCCGAUAACAACAACGCCUGCAAAUAUUCCAAUUCACGUGACAGCGAUAAGCUCAACUUAACACCCUCACCAAUCUUCACGGAUUACGACGAGAAUAGCUUGAGUUCAGAUGAGCAUGUGCUGGCGCCAUUGGUUUGCUCCUCGGCGCAGACGUCGCGUCCAUGUCUAACGUGGGCCUGUAAGGCUUGCAAGAAGAAAAAUGUUUCAGUGGAUCGCAGAAAGGCAGCGACAUUGCGAGAGCGACGGCGUUUGAGGAAG